AUGAAUAAAAAGGUGUUCAUAGUAAUGUUAAUAAAACUAAUAAAUAGGAAGAGUUUAUGUUACGUUAGUAAUCGACUAAGUACAAAUUUCUGCUUUAAACCGUUAAAAGUACCAAUUUCAACAACACGUAAUUUACAAUUAAAAUCACAAUUUCCCAGUCAGUCGCCACAAGUUACAACUCAAACUAUUGAAGAUAAUUAUGAUAUUGCACCUAAUAUAACCAAUUUACCCGGUGUUAGCAAGGAAAUCUUUGAUAAAUAUGAAGAAAUAAGGACGGAUAAAGUUGAACUGCAAGAAGUGGAUAAUGCCGUUUUGAAGAAAAAUUUAAGCCUAAAGUUAUACUGUAACUUGGUUAAGUAUGCAAAGGAGUUAAAUACGAUUUUUACCAGGUCAACAUUCAUAGGAUGCACAUUACUUGAGCACCAAAGUAAAAGUCCAGACUCCUCUAAUGGUGAGGAUACUGAGGAAAAGGGUGUAGAUAAGUGUAUUUUACAUUUUAGAGGAUAUGAGCGAGGAGAAUUACUGUGUCUGUGUUUUAGUCCCAAGUUUUUUCCAUUAAUCCCUACACCAUCAGCACCUUACAGAAGCUUUACUGAACGCAGUUUGGAGUAUUUUGAACACGUGUUAUCAGGCUUAACAGGGCUGAGACUAAGUAAAAUACACACGCCCUACAAUUUUAGGAAUGUUGUUUCAAUGGAUUUCGCAGAUGCAGUUGACUCUGAGAAGGUUAUGUACAACUUAAUUGUAGUAUCUGACAGAACAAACAAGUUACUCUUGGUUGAUAGCUCUGAUGGGACUGUUUUGGCGUCUUCAGAAACACUAACUGACCCAAAGAAGAAUACUGAGGGUAAUAAUAACGGUGAUGUGGGUAAAACCUUUAGUUUGCCAGUGAUAAAUAAGAAGACACCCAGGCUUGAUGAGACCUUUGAAGAGUUCAGGUUAAAUUUUAAAAAUUUGAACAAUAUGUCCAUUACCAAGGCAAUUUUAAAUGUUUACGAAGGGAUUGACUACAAUUUCGUAACAUCACUUUGUUCUAAGCUUUCAAUUGACCCAACACUUUACUUUUACAAAAUACCAGACUUAAACUUAUUCCACACUGAAUUUAUCAACAAAAUACGUGAAAUAAUUGAUAAUAAGGGGGAAUAUGUUGAUAUGAUUGGAACGAUAUAUAAUAUAUAUGGAGGGACAAGUCCAGUGUACAGACUUAAUAGAUUACUGGAGAAAACAACUAAGUUGUCGGUGGAGUUUAGGGAGAAACUAGAAAAAAUCGCAAAACAAUGUGAGGAUGACGAGAAUUACGAGAAACUCACCUCUGUCAAUGAAAAAAUCGAAAACAUUUCUGAUUAUCAAAACGCCAUCAAAGACAUUAAACUCUCCAACGAUGUGAAGAAUUUAUCCAAUUUGGAAGACUUUCAUGACCAACUACUAAUGAUAAAUGACUUGAAGACAUACAAGAUGUUAAAAAAGAAGAAGAAAGUUGAGAAGGUGAAGGUGUUAAAGGUUACCACUAAGACUAAGAAGGUUGGGAAAAUAUUACACGUUCCCGUGAAUGAAAAGGACGACUCUCCUAUGAUGAUUGUCGGGAGGAAUGCGAAACAGAAUGAGGUGAUAACACAUGACAUGAGGGAGAAAGGCGAUCUUUGGCUCCACACCAAGGACUGUCCUGGGUCUCAUGUAAUCCUCAGAAACUUUAAAAAUGAUAAUCAUUCAGUCCAAAUCGCAGCUGAUGUGGCGUCAUUCUACUCUAAGUACAAGCAGUUUGAAAAUGUCCAGGUCAUUGUGGCAGAUAUCGACAAGGUUAAGAAGGAGAAAAACUCUCAAAUCGGAGCAGUAACUGUUCAAGAGUUUAAAACUAUAACUGGAGAUCCCAAACGCGGAGCUCUCUUCAUUAAACAACAUAAACUUAAAUCUGCUUAGUAUUA